AUGUACGGUAACUGGAGCGCGGAGGGGGCGGACGCGGAUCGGACGCCGGCCCAUUUAGCCGUGCUGAUCGUGCUCUAUGUGCUAGUGUCUGUCAUUGGCAUUAUUGGUAAUGUAAGUCUAAUGGCGGCAUUGGCAAGUGGCGGCGCGUCCAGACUGCGCACACCGCAAUUACUAAGCGCGUGCGCAGCUGACCUUUUGGUGUGCGCAGCUAGCGCACCACUGGCCGCUACACGAGCUGUGCAUCACCAGCAAUCCCCUUGCCAUGUUACAUUUUAUAUUGAGUCGUUCCCUGUGGCGGCCAGUACUCUGUCUCUGGUUGCCAUGGCAGCGGACCGAUGUGGUGCGGUGAGGCGUGGUCGCGGCUCUUUAUGUGCCAGACCUUUCCUCGCUGUGGCUGUUGUUUGGAUAUCCGCUCUCAUACUGGGGGGAGUAACCGUAAUAGCGACGUGUCUAUCGUGCCCACCGUUGGCCGCAGCGCACGCAGUAGUCACAUUCUGCGUGCCAGUGAUUGCAGUCACAAGAUGUCAUUGGGGUGUCCGCGUGAAGCUCACAGCUCUGUCCCUCACGGCGCGGGCUGCACAUGGAGAAUUGCCCCUACCAGUUCCUUUGAUUCGACGUCCGACACAUGUGAUUAUCGUAGCUGGCGUCGGCCCUCGAGAAAGACGAGACGCAGUUGACGUCGGUGACGUCAGAUCCAAGAAACUACAGCCAAGCCUCCUCGGUCCACAACCGCAAACGUCAACGCUUCGAUCCCGUAGAAGAUUGGGAAAUGUCCUCAUAGGAAUCGCUGCUAUAUUCGCAGCCUGCUGGUGUCCUUUUGCAGCUAUAGUGAUAUGCAGCGCGUUCGGUCUAAAUGCUCCCUUAGUGAUAUCGCAGUAUGCCUUGUUAUUAGGCCAUGCACAUUCCGCUAUGAAUGCCGCAGCUUAUUGGGUAUUAAACAGGCAUGCGCUCACUGCAGCUUGCGCUGCAUGGCGUAUUCCUCAGUUGAGGGUUAGGGAAGAAAGGCCUUCAUCAACAAACGAGGCAGCGUUGGGAGCGUUCCACCCUCGCCUUGCUCGUCCUGCGCCCUCCCCGCGGCCCCCUCCUUCCAGUUUCCUCUAUUGA